AUGGCAGCCUAUGCAGCCUUAGUCUCUCUAAUGAAUCUCAUAGAUUCCAUCCAACACCAUCAUUCCCCACCCAUCUCUCUCUUUAAAUACCAAACUCAGUCUCUCAUUGAAAAUGUUCUCUUCCUGCAAGAAUUUCUCCAAACUUACAAGUCCCCUGUUUCCGACACCGACGAAGCAGAUCCACUGGAGAUGCGUAUUGCAAAAGCAGCUUAUGCGGCAGAGAAUGUUAUCGAAUCUCAUAUCGUCCAAAAGAUUCAGCUCAGUAGAUCCAAAGCAACCAAAAUCAGAAGCUUCUUCAAUUGGUUUCCGAGAAAUGUCUCUGCAGAUCACGAAGAUGAUGGUGAUGAUGAUGAUGCUGAUAAACAAAUCGAGUUGUAUCGGGAGGUAGAUAACGUGAUAGAAGAAAUGGAUCGGAUCAAGAUAGUGGCGAAGGAGACCAACACGGAGAAGGUGCUGGUGCUCCGUGAUCAACCACGUAGAUUCAUCCCUUCUUCCAGUAUGAAGAAAAGUAGUGGCAUGAUGGUUUUCUCUGAUCAUGUCUUGCAUGGAAUCAUGGAAAAGCUCAUGUCAUACGAAUCCGGUCUUCAAGUCAUCCCCAUAACAGGUAUGGGUGGGAUUGGUAAAACCGCUCUCGCUCAAACUGUUUAUUCACACAAAGCUAUUAUUGAGCAUUUUGAUAUUUGUGCUUGGGCUACUAUUUCCGAACAAUACAACACAAGAGAAAUUCUAUGUGAACUUGUUUCUCAAGCCACUAACAAAGACAAGGAACAACUUAGUGAAAGGAGUGAACAUGAAUUGGGAUUAGAGCUCCACCAAUAUUUGUUUGAUAGAAGGUUCCUAAUUGUAAUGGAUGAUAUGUGGAAUAUUGAGUCUUGGGACGAGAUAAAACAUGUCUUUCCUAACAAUGAGAAUCACAGUCGAAUAAUGGUGACGACUAGGCAAUCACAAUUGACCUCUCAAUUAAACAAUCGUUAUAGCCAUCAAAUGGAAUUUCUUGAUGAGAGUCGUAGUUGGGUAUUGUUCUCCAAAACUGUGUUUGGAGAGGAACAAUUUCCUCUUGAAUUGGAGAAAAUUGGAAAAGAAAUGGCAUAUAAUUGUAGGGGACUUCCUCUAUCAAUUGUUGUAGUUGGAGGUCUUUUGAAAACUAUGGAACACAGCCAAAAAGUUUGGGAGUUAAUAAGAAACAACUCAACUUCAGUAGUAAAUUUAGACAAUAAUAAGCACUGCUUAAGAUUGUUGAAAAUGAGCUAUAAUCAUUUACCAGUCUACUUGAAGCCUUGUUUCUUAUACAUGAGUGUGUUUGAGGAAGAUGAUGCAAUUAGAGUCUCAACACUUGUUAAGCUAUGGGUUUGUGAAGGAUUUCUUAAACCUGUAGAUGGUCAAAGUUUGGAAACAAUUGGGAAAAUGCGAUUAAAGGAUUUAGUGGAUAGAAAUCUCAUUCUAGUGGAUGAGUUGGGGUCUACUGGAAACAUAAAACGAGUCAAAGUUCACGAUUUGCUAAGAGACAUAUGCAUAUAUGAGAGCAAGAAAGAAGGGUUUUAUCAUGUGAUAGGAGAGUCUAGUCCUCGAGUCAUAAAUAGUCAACGCCGCGUUGUUGUACGCAAGAACACUUCACAUAAGAAAGUGGUUGAGGACUUGCAAUCUAUGUCGCAUGCUCGCUCAAUUAUUAGCGAGCAUGGGAAACUUCCAAAGGGCAAGAACUUUAGGUUGUUGAGGACAAUACACGCAUACAAAUUUCGUUAUUUCGGUGACAAAAGCUACGUGAAUUCUCGCGUGGUUGGGUAUGUUAACUUGCGGCACCUUGCUGUUGAGGUUGCUAGUAUGUCCUCAAUAUUUUCUUCUUUUGGUCACCUUUGGAAUUUGCAGACUUUGAUAAUUUCCUGCGAGAGUGAGUCUACUGCGCCUACUGAGAUUUGGAAAAUGCCUCAACUGCGGCAUAUUGCUAUGACGGGGAUAAGAAGAAGAUUAAAGCUCCCAGAUCCUUCAACUGAUGAUGUUGUCAUGGAAAAUCUUGUGGUACUUAAGGGAGUAGUCAAUUUCAAGUGUGAUGAAGAGGUUGUUAAGAGAAUUCCCAAUAUCAAUAAAUUGAAGAUACGGUAUGAGGGGAAAACGGGAACGGAGCAUGAUGAUUAUUACUGUAUGGGCAAUAUUAAGUGUUUGAAUAAAUUGGAGUACCUCUACAUCUCACUUUGGUAUGAUUUUAGAGGGAGUGACUUGUAUAAGCUCAUGUUUCCCCAAAACCUCAAGAGUUUGACCCUUUCAGUACAUAAUGGAUUUGAAUGCGAAAUGAUGUUGGAAAAGAUCGGUUCGUUGCCUCUUCUUGAGAAGUUCAAGUUGUGGAUGGGACACUUUGAAACAGGUAAGUGGGAAAUCUUUGAAGACCAAUUCCCUAGCCUCAAAUACUUGGGGUUGUUUUCGUGUGAGAGUCUUACAUAUUGGACUACAAAAGCGAGCUCCAUCUUCCCACUUCUUGAGACACUUUAUCUUUUUGAUUUAGAUGGACUGGAGAACAUCCCAUCUGAAAUUGGAUACAUACCCACACUCCAAAGCAUACAAAUGGUUGCUUGUCGCGAAUCAGUGGUAAAAUGUGCAAAAGAGAUUGUAGACGAACAAAUGGAUUUAGAUGGGAACAAUAUUUCCUUUAAUGUUCGCGUUUGGCUUCCGCUUUUUAAAAAUGAAGAAGCAGUGUUGCGAGAGUUGCAGAGCUUGUCAGGUCCUAACUUUGAAGUUGCAUAUUCCUAA